CUCAUGCUAUGACAAUCGCUGGAGAAGCCUUAUGCCACAAUCCUGAUAAUAACACCUCACCAGCACAAAAUUAUGUUGUAGUAAAUUAUCGGAGAAAAAAUCAAUCCCCAGAGCAAGCAAGACUAUUCCGAAUCUAUGAUAAAGACUAA